AUAUAGAGAGAAAGAAAACCAAAACAUUACGAUUACAUUUAAACAAAUAAACACAGAGAGUCGGAAAGAGAAAGAAAAGAAAAAUGGGUAUAGAUGAAUCGUUUAAAAAGGCAGGAACAAUUCCAUUCAAGUGGGAGAUCAUACCCGGUGUUCCCAAGGAAUCCCAACAACAAAACCACAACAAUCAUCACCACCCUCUUCCUCCUCCACCACCACACCAGACUAGUCCUUCUUUUCGGUCCGGUUCUUCGCGGUGGCGUUUCGAAAAGUCGGUUCUUUUCCGAUCCGAUGAGUCUGUAACUGUGCCUAUGGGAAUGGGAUGCUUCCCUUCCUCUGCACAGCUUAAGAAAAAGGAGAGCAUCAAGAAGAAGAAGAAGAAUAAUAAUGAAUAUGCAUCAUCGGAGCUAGAAACGCCUCCACGGCGAUCGUCCUUUUCGUCUCGAAAAUCGUUCGUUUCGCCACUUCGAGAACGAUCUCCGUCGUCUCUGUCUUCUCCGUUGUCCUGUCGAUGGUCGCCUAGGCCCAUUAGUGACGCUGAAUGGGCCUCGUUUGGGCUCUUUUAAUUAUAUUUUCAUUUUUUUUUUUGUCUUUUUUCGUUAUUUAUUUUGAAGAAAAAAACAAUAGUUUAAUGCAAAAAUUAAGUAAUCACUGAAAGUUAGUGCCUUGGCUAAUGUUUGCCGGCCUACUUUAGUGGAUAAUUAAUUACUUAGUUAUCUAUAGUUUAUUAUAUAUAAUAAUAAUAUAAUGAAAAUGUUAUGUUAUUUCUAAA